AUGUUUCUCUUUGACAAAGAAGUAAAAAAAGAACCUUUGUUUCUAUUUUUGUAAAAACAAAAAUGUAGAAAUAAUUUUGUAGCCGAAAAACCAAAUUUGUAUAAAACAUCAAACAAACCAUCAAUUAUUUUAAAUAAAAAAAUUAGGGCUUCCAGUCCCAGCUUCCUCUGUCACUGGUAUAUACCCGUCGGACGUUUAUCGGGCCGACUCGGAGCUCCAUUCUGACUUGCAUAGACAGGGAAAAUUCUGGUAUUUAAAUAAAGAUUUUGUAGUUUAAAUUAUGGUGAAAUCUGCUAAGUCUCACCUUGAAGAAGAAGAUGAAGCUGACGAUUACGAUUUCUCCUCGUACAGAGGAGAAAUAGGGAAAGGAGAUGGUAAGAGCAGUGAACAGAAGGCGAAUACGCAUAGGUCAAAGCAUUCAGAGACUGAGCAACGUCGAAGGAGCAAAAUUAAUGAGAGGUUCCAGAUUUUGAGAGAUCUUAUACCUCAAAAUGAUCAGAAAAGGGAUAAAGCUUCCUUCUUGUUAGAGGUCAUAGAGUACAUUCAGUUUUUACAGGAAAAGUUACACAUGUAUGAGGGGCCAUUCCAAGGCUGGACUCAAGAGCCAACAAAAUUGACGCCAUGGAAAAAUCACCAUACUUCUGUUGAAAGUCUGGUGGAUCAUUCGCAAGUUUUGAAGAAUGGUUCUGCUCCUGAGGUGACUGCCAUGCUCACAAAUGUACACAACUCAAUCGAAUCCGAUCUGGGUGUGCAAGCACAGAUGAAUACAUUUGCUGCUGUUGGGAGGGGUGGCAUAACUGCUCAAUCUGUGCAGGAAUCUGUUUCUGAUGCUGAGAACAUGGCAUACCAACUUCAAUCACAAUUAUGGCAGGGUCAACCAUGUGCUAGUGAAUGUACCGCUCCGAGUAAUACAGUGAAUGGACAGGAGGAACAAAUGAGUAAAAGUGGAUUAGUUUCAAGUACAUUUUCUCAAGGGAUAUUGGAUAAUCUAACCCAAGCACUGCAAUCUUCGGGUGUGGAUUUAUCACAGACAAGCAUCUCAGUCCAAAUUGAUGUGAGCAAACAAGCAAAUAGUGGAGCAGCCUUUGCAGCAUCAAGCUCAAAGGAUCAAGAAAGCCUGUACCUGAACAGUCAAAUGAUGGAACAAACUGGUUUUGGAAGUUGUAUGGAAGACUCUGAUCAGGCUCGUAAGAGACUGAGAACACAAAAGAGUUAAGUGUAUUCAUUCUCAUUCCACUUUCACCUAUCUGAUUACUUGGCCUUUUGGAAAUGGUUUUGUACGAUUUUUGAUGAUGCCGUGAUCCACAGACAACCAAGUGCUGAUCAGUUGUACAUGUUUUAUGCUCCUUGAUUUGUCUGGUUGCAUGGUUGAGAUCUCCCUGAGCAGGAAAAUAAAGCAAAAAGAAAAAGAAAAGAAAAAAAAGAAAAGAAAAAAGAAAAAAAAAACGAAAUGGAAGUGAUUUUAUAUAUUCUUUUAUUGUAGCUCUCAUUUGCAGAUGGAGGCUCACAUGCACGUAAAUGAUAAGCCAAACUAGUAUCUUUCAAUGGGUUGACACAUGAAAUUCCUUUCUUCUCUUGCUGUUAUAUAAAGCUUAAGCAUUACAGUAGAAAAAAAGGCUCUAAAAUUUGAUGGUGCU